GUAGUGUAUCAUUACCUAUGGUGUUCAGUUAUUGUAAGACAAUCCAAGAAGUGUUUCCUUACUUUUGUUUUCAUUGUUCUGUUCAUUUUUAAUGCUGAUUGUUUUCCACAGGAAGUUACUAAAGAGUUCUACUCUUUCAGCAGAUUAAAUGUUUGUCAGGAAUUUAUCUCUCAGUUAAAUAAUGACAGAGCGGAUUAUGUCUUACUUAAUUAGGCCCCUCGCCCAGCUCGGGGCGGGAGGCGGCGGCUGGUAUCGAUCCCUCGGACCCGGCUGGACGAGGCAGCUCGUGGGACGGAUGCUCGCGGAGCCUCAAGGAAUAGGUUCACCCAGUGUCUACCAUGCUGUUAUAGUGAUCUUCUUGGAGUUUUUUGCAUGGGGACUCUUGACAGCGCCCACUCUGGUGGUUUUGCAUGAAACCUUCCCAAAACAUACAUUUCUAAUGAAUGGUCUAAUUCAAGGAGUAAAGGGCUUAUUAUCGUUCCUCAGUGCCCCGCUCAUAGGUGCCCUGUCCGAUGUGUGGGGACGAAAGUCCUUCUUGCUGCUAACAGUGUUUUUCACCUGUGCACCAAUACCACUAAUGAAGAUCAGCCCUUGGUGGUACUUCGCCGUUAUCUCUGUCUCUGGAGUUUUUGCAGUGACAUUUUCUGUGGUUUUUGCAUAUGUAGCAGACAUAACCCAAGAACAUGAAAGAAGCAUGGCUUAUGGUUUGGUUUCGGCAACUUUUGCGGCAAGUUUAGUUACCAGCCCCGCUAUUGGUGCCUACCUUGGUCGAGUCUACGGAGACAGCUUGGUCGUGGUCCUGGCUACAGCAAUCGCCUUGUUAGACAUUUGUUUUAUUCUUGUUGCUGUACCAGAAUCGCUGCCAGAGAAGAUGAGGCCAGCAUCCUGGGGAGCACCUAUUUCGUGGGAACAGGCUGACCCUUUUGCAUCACUGAAGAAAGUCGGCCAGGACUCAAUUGUGCUGCUAAUCUGCAUAACAGUCUUUCUUUCCUACCUCCCAGAGGCAGGUCAAUAUUCCAGCUUCUUCCUAUACCUCAGACAGAUAAUGGGAUUUUCAUCGGAAAGUGUUGCAGCAUUUAUAGCAGUCCUUGGGAUUCUGUCCAUUAUCGCACAGACAAUAGUUUUGAGUUUACUGAUGCGGUCCAUUGGAAAUAAAAAUACUAUCCUACUGGGCCUAGGAUUUCAAAUACUACAACUUGCGUGGUACGGCUUUGGAUCAGAGCCAUGGAUGAUGUGGGCAGCGGGCGCUGUUGCAGCCAUGUCCAGUAUAACUUUCCCAGCUGUGAGCGCACUGGUUUCCCGAACGGCCGACGCUGACCAACAGGGUGUGGUUCAAGGGAUGAUAACAGGAAUUCGAGGACUCUGUAAUGGUCUGGGACCAGCACUUUAUGGUUUUAUAUUCUAUAUAUUUCAUGUUGAACUGAAUGAACUCCCCAUGCCUGAAUCGCCAUCAGGAGGUAGCGUGGUCACACAAUACCACUUACAACAGAAUUCCAUAAUUCCUGGACCCCCAUUCUUAUUUGGAGCGUGCUCUGUGCUGUUGGCACUACUUGUUGCCUUGUUUAUCCCUGAACACACCAACCUGAACGUACGAUCCAGCAACUGGAAGAAACACUGUGGCAGCCACGGCCAUCCCCACAGCCCACAGGCUCCAGGUGAAGCUAAGGAACCCCUAUUGCAAGACACAAAUGUAUGACAAAAAUCUAGAAAGAUCUUUUAGACUUUUUUUUUCAUCAGCAGUUUGGGAUACACAUUCCAGUUCCAUCAAAAAUGUCAUUUCUUAAGGUAAUCUUAAGAAGUAUCUUUCUGCAUGAAGUUUGUAGGAAUUAAAACAACAAAAAGGAUGUUUCUCCAAAGAUGUUGCCAUUGAAUGAAUAAUUUGCUUUUAAAAACAAACUGUUACGUACUCGUCUCUUGCCAUGAAAUACUGUUACUACUAAACUUUACAUUCUAGUUCAGAGACAAGAAGGAAUGGCGUCACGGCAUGAGCAUGUGUCCUUCUGUUUCCUUACGGUGGUGAGCUUUAACUCCAGUCACGCUGAGUCUCAGUGGGGCCCACUCGUUUUAACCGUGUAAAAUCUUGGGUCAGACGAUUCAAAGCCUUAAUGUAAAUGUACUCAAGUAGGGAGAAGGUGAAUUGGUAUCUUUAUUUUAAAAGUCAUAUGGCAGAUGUUUUUUUUUAAGUUUGUACUAAUAUAAAAAUCACAUGAGCACGCUUGCUGAACAGUAAAAGUUAUUUUUAUGUAAGUGCAUUUACUCUUUCUAUUUUUGAAUAAACGGUAGUAUCAAA